AAAAUAUUGCGGGGUUGUCCAAGGAAUAUUCCGUGGGAGGCAGGCCAGGCAGGCUGCUGCUUUUAAAAGCUCACUCAUCGCCAGUUCACGAGCAAGAAGAAGAAGGAAUAAGGAAGGAGGCACCUAGCAGGAGCAGGAGCAGAAGCGCCAUGGCUUCCCUCUGGCACAUCUCUGUCAUUGUCCUUGUACUUCUUGGAGGAUCCGAUGCCAAUCCAGCUGCCCCUCCUCACCUGGACAAGAAGCCACUACAGACAUUCAGACCUUACAACAUUGCCCACAGGGGUGCCAAUGGUGAAAUACCCGAAGAAACUUCCGCUGCCUAUUUGAGGGCUAUUGAGGAAGGUGCAGACUUCAUAGAGACCGACAUACUUGCAUCGAAGGACGGGCAUCUGAUAUGCUUUCAUGAUGUAACCUUGGAUGCCACCACCAAUAUUGCAGAACACGCAGAGUUCGCUGGCAGGAAGAGAACCUAUGAAGUCGAAGGAGCAAAUAUGACCGGAUGGUUUGUCGUUGAUUUUACUUUAAGUGAACUGAAAUCACUGAGGGUGAACCAACGGUUCAAAUUCAGAGAUGAGCAGUAUAAUGGGAAGUACAAGAUUAUUACAUUUGAUGAAUAUAUCUUGAUUGCACUCUAUGCUGAUAGGGUGGUGGGCAUAUACCCAGAGAUCAAGAGUCCUAUUUUCAUCAACCAGCAGGUCAAGUGGACAGAUGGCAAGAAAUUUGAGGACAAGUUUGUCGACACGCUUCUCAAGUAUGGCUACAAAGGCGAAUACAUGUCUGAAAAUUGGCUCAAGCUGCCCCUGUUCAUCCAAUCUUUUGCUCCAACUUCGCUCAUCUACAUCUCAAAAAUGAUAAACUCUCCAAAACUAUUUCUAAUAGACGACACCACGGUUCGAACUCAAGAUACCAACCAGUCGUACAGUGAGAUAACUUCCAAUGGUUAUCUCUCGUUCAUAAGGAAGUAUGUUAUCGGCAUUGGACCAUGGAAGGAUACAAUUGUCCCCCCAGAGAAUAAGCACUACUUAGGCCCUCCAACUGAUCUAGUCGCACGAGCACAUGCUCUGAAUCUUCAGGUCCAUCCAUACACAUUCAGAAACGAGAACUCGUACUUGCACUUCGACUUCCAUCAAGACCCUUAUGCUGAAUAUGAGUAUUGGCUCAGCGAGAUCGGUGUCGACGGUCUGUUCACCGAUUUCACUGGUAGCUUGCACAAGUACCAGGAGUGGACAACACCAUACCAGAAGCAGGAAAAGAAGGAUCAUGGACACUAAGCUUAGGUCGCCAAUACCGUAUUUGUUCAGAGUUGUUUCAUUGUUGUCAUAACCAAGAAUACUACCAUUCUAUGCAAGUGUUGCCAAUAAAUCACGGAAGUGCUAAUGGUAGAGCUUCAUAAAUUCACGUGUGUUGUUGUUGCUACCAAAAUUUCAUCAUACAUGAGUUUUAAAAA